CCUUCUCCCUUCCUCCUCCUCCUCUUCCUCCUCCCCUUUCUCCUGUUCGCUCGGCGGCGCGGGGCGGCGCGCUUCGCCCUCCGGCGGGGGAUGCGGCGGCGGGAUGGCUUCGGCCGUGUUUGAGGGCACCUCGCUGGUGAACAUGUACGUGCGGGGCUGCUGGGUGAACGGGAUCCGGCGGCUCAUCAUCAGCCGGAGGGGCGACGAGGAGGAGUUCUACGAGAUCCGCACCGAGUGGUCGGACCGCAACAUCCUCUACCUGCACCGCAGCUACUCCGACCUCGGGCGCCUCUUCAAGCGCCUCCUCGACUCCUUCCCCGAGGACCGGCCCGAGCUGUCCCGCUCUCCUUUGCUCCAAGGGCUCAUCACAAUAAAAGAAGCCCAUGAUAUAGAAGCCAGACUUAAUGAAGUGGAAAAGCUUCUGAAGACUAUUAUAAACAUGCCCUGGAAGUAUUCGAGAUCUGAAGUUGUCCUCACAUUCUUUGAGAGAUCUCCUUUGGACCAAGUUCUAAAAAAUGACAAUGUCCAUAAGAUUCAGCCAAGCUUCCAAAGUCCAGUUAAAAUAUCAGAAAUCAUGCGAUCAAAUGGAUUUUGUUUAGCCAACACUGAAACAAUAGUCAUUGACCACAGUAUACCCAAUGGAAAAGAGAAGCAUCUGGACAUAGAUUCAGCAGAACACUUGUUUGAAAGUGUUAGUGACUUUACCUCAGAGCUAGAAGACAGUGAUGAUCCAACAGCUUAUGUCACCAAUUUGACAUACUACCACUUGGUCCCAUUUGAGACUGAUAUUCUGGACUGAGGCUGCUCAGUAAUGCAAUCAGCCAGCAUCCAGCCAACCUCUUCGUCUCUAGGUUCUGCUGUCUCCGGCAUUGCAUCCCUGGGAACAAGGCUAUGUGGGCAGAAUCAGCAGAAGGGAAGUUGCAGCAAGUACAGCACAAAGCUGGUUUUGUAGUCUCGCCCUCCCUUGUGUGUAAUGGAGACGUGUUGUAAGGAGGUAAUGACUUCGCAGUUGACAACAAACUUGUUUUCUGUGAAAGAAAGGCAGCAGAGGCCUCUUCGGGCUCGAGGAAAUCUCUGCUAUGUCUGUGGGAACUGCCACUUUGACACAGCCAUUGGAAACUUGUGCUGCAGUACGCUCCUUGGCUUGCAGUGGAACUCGAGGCUUCCUCUUUUAGGAUGCCAUGAGAAACUUCCCCAGAUGGCGUGACCACAUUUGUAGUGCUAUGUCAGCAAGAAGGUGAGCAAACCAGCUGAAUUUUGUCAGCUCCUUCUUCAGUUGCUUAAUGGAGGUCUUGCAGGUCACUUUUUGCUCAGCUACCAGACGACUGGUGCCUUACACGAGACGUCAGAAAUACCAUGGAGUGCCUCCAGGAAACAGAACACAUGAGCUGACCACUUCCCUUCUUUUAAUCAUGGGGUUUUAUGUAAUCACUGAAGAGGCAACUGCUCUUUUCUGGAAUAAUAAAGAAGACAGCAGCUGGCAUUGCAAUGGACUGUGCAUGAUGUUUGGGUACCUGUAUGAUUUCAGAGAUCUGGAAAGCUGAUGGGAAAGCUGAGCUGCCCUGCUAAGAAUGGUCAAGGCUAUGGCAGGCACCUGGAUAUGAUUUUUUUUAAGUGGACCAGCAAAUAUGAAUGGUGCUUACAGUUAUUCACGUCAGAGAGAUAAUUCCCUAUGCAUAUUUCUCCCCAGAGGAUGGGGAGGAAGACAAUGAGAUUUGUGUUGUGUUUGGACUGAAAAAGAAUUAUAAGCUACAAUGUGUCUACAGUGUUACAAAAAACACUCUCUCCAGUGCCACCCUGGCUCAACUAGUCUGUCCAGCUUUCCGAGAUCCACCUGCAGGUCUGGGUGCAGGCCUUGUUGUCAGGUAAUGCUGUGGAUUUCAGUGGAAGUAGGACAGUGGAAUCAAGAACAAGAUGGAAUCCUGCAGCCUCUUGACUACUGAGUAGUGCAAAGUUAAAAUCUUCCUGAGGUCUUGCGGAGUGCCCUGGAAUCCUGGCUCUCACUGUGAGCACUUAGUGCUUGCCAUCGCAACCUUCCAUUGGGCUUUUUGCAAUCUGUUCGCAAACAUGAAUUUGGAGGGAUUGAAAUGGGAAGGAAUACAUUUUGGACUUGUUUCUUGGUAAAGGGGCUUGCUUACUUGGUCCCAAAGAAGUUGAUACAACUCCUUUCUGUAGACUUUUCAUUUCUAUCUAUAGAAUAACAUUCAAAUAGAAUUUGCUAAUGUAAAUAAUAAAUUAUUGAGAAUCCUAAUUCUUUUACACAGUAUGUUUUUAAAAUAUAUUUUAAUGAAAUAAAAUAUAACUCGUCUUCAGUACACUUCUGC